AUGAACAAUAUAACGAUCGGGUUAAUUGGGUCGGGGCAUUACUGGUUGAAUAUGACGUACGCCAUAAUGAUGGCCAUAAUGACAGUGGUUGGAGUAGUGGCCGGUGCCCUAUGGGCGACCUUUUUUUAUUUCACAAGUGUGUGGAAUAUGUUCAUCACAGCGCUGACAGUCUUAUACGUAAGGGAACUACACCGACACCGACGCCGGGGAGAGUCCGCUCAACCGGACAGUGCAAUGAUAAUGUUAAGUGGCUUUACAUAUAAAAACGACCCAAAUAUAUCCGAUGAAGACAAUCGUAGAGCGAGGAGAAUGAACAAUAUAACGAUCGGGUUAGUUGGGUCGGGGCAUUACUGGUUGAAUAUGACGUACGCCAUAAUGAUGGCUAUAAUGACAGUGGUUGGAGUAGUGGCCGGUGCCCUAUGGGCGACCUUUUUUUAUUACACAAGUUUGUUGACUGUGUUCAUCACAGCGCUGGCAGUCUUAUACGUAAGGGAACUACACCGACACCGACACCGGGGAGAGUCCGCUCAACCGGACAAUAAGUAAAGGUGCUGUAGCAUGGGUGGUCACCAUUUGCACAUUCAGUGCAAGCUUUUCACUACUGGGCAUAUUGGGAGCUUAUCGGGAAC